CGAGACUGACAGCAGACCUCUCUCUCUCUCUGUGUGAGUGUGUGUGUGAGAGAGCUAUGGGAUCCUGACCCAUGGAUCCUCAGGACGACUCCUUCGACUUCCUCUUCAAGAUCAUCCUCAUCGGGGACUCGAACGUGGGCAAGACCUGCCUGGUGCAGAGCUUCAGCACGGGCCGCUUCUGCGAGAGCCAGCAGAACACCAUCGGCGUGGACUUCACCGUGCGCACGCUCAGCAUCGAGGGCCGCAGAGUGAAGAUGCAGGUGUGGGACACGGCGGGGCAGGAGCGCUUCCGCAAUAUCACGCAGAGCUACUACCGCAGCGCACACGGGGCCAUGAUCGCCUACGACAUCAGCCGCCGGGACACCUUCAGCUCGCUGCCGCGCUGGAUCGACGAGCUUAAGAAGUUCGGGGCCGCUAACGUGCUCACCGCGCUCAUCGGUAACAAGCGAGACCUGGAGGCGGAGCGCGAGGUGCAGUUCGAGGAGGCGUGCAGGCUAGCGGAGGAGAAGGGCCUGCUAGCGGCGGUGGAGACGUCGGCGAGAGACGCCUGGAGCGUGGAGGAGGCCUUCGUCGUGAUGGCUCGCCGGCUGCUGAUGCAGAACGACACCAGCGUCACUGACGACCACACACACGCCGUGAUGCUGCGGAGCAACUCACACACCGUCAGCCUGACCUCAGCAUCAGCCGACGAGAAGAAGCCCUGCGCGUGCUGACACACACACACACACAUACACAUAC